AUGGCUGUCCCUGAGUCCAAGACGACGCCGAACGAGUUCUUCCAGGCCAUCGGCUCCAAGGUCGACGGCAGCGAUGACCAAAAGGUUGUCGAGGAGAUUGAGUCUCUCUGCAUGAACUGCGGCAAGAAUGGCAUCACAAGGCUGCUUCUGACGUCGAUCCCCUACUUCCGCGAAAUCAUCAUCAUGUCUUUUGCCUGCGAAGAGUGCGGCUUCGCCAACAGCGAGGUCCAGCCCGCAGGCUCCAUCCAGCCCAAGGGCACAUACUACGAGCUUCGCUUGACCGCCAUGGAAGACUUCUCCCGCCAGGUUGUCAAGUCCGACACUGCCACCGUCAAGUUCACCGAGCUUGACCUCGAGGUGCCCGCCGGCAAGGGCCAGCUUACAAAUGUUGAGGGUCUGUUGACCACCGUCAUCAAUGAUCUCGAGUUCGGACAGGAGGCACGUAAGGAGCAGAUGCCCGAAAUCUACCCCAAGAUUGCCGAGAUCAUUGAAAAGGGCCGCGCCAUGCUCGAGGGCAAGUCGUUCCCCUUCCGCGUCACCGUCGACGACCCGGCCGGUAACUCCUUCAUCACCCCCGACUUGAAGGAUGGUGUUGGCAAGUGGGAGAAGCAUGAGUUCAUCCGUACCGCUGAGCAGAACGCGGCCUUGGGUAUCUCCAACGAACAGGCCGCUGAGCUUGCUGCUGGCGCCAACCCCGGCCUCACCGCCGAGGGCGACAUCAUCCCCAACGAGGUCUACAGCUUCCCCGCCAGCUGCCCGGGCUGCAUGCGCCCCUGCACCACCCACAUGAAGAUGGUCGACAUACCGCACUUCAAGCAGGUCGUCCUCAUGUCUACCGUCUGCGACGAAUGCGGCUACCGCUCCAACGACGUCAAGACCGGUGGCGAGAUCCCCGAGAAGGGUGAGAAGAUCAUCGUCAAGGUCAACGGCCAGACCGACCUUGCCCGCGAUAUCCUCAAGUCCGAAACCUGCGCUCUGGAAUGCCCCGAGCUCAACCUGGCCGUCAACCCCGGCACCCUGGGCGGCCGCUUCACAACCAUCGAGGGUCUCCUGACCCAGGUCCGCGAUGACCUUCGCAGCCAGAUCUUCGAGGCCGACGGUGGCUCCGGCGGCUCCGGCGGUGGUGACUCCCUCGCUCCCGAGGAGAAGUCCAAGUGGACUGCCUUCUUCGACGGCCUCGAUGAGGCCAUCAACGGCAACCGCGAAUUCACCAUCGUCCUCAACGACCCCCUCGCCAGCAGUUUCGUACAGCCUCUGGUCGACCCGCCCGCCCCUGACCCGUCAAUCACCCGCGAGUACUACACCCGCACUCACGAGGAGGAAGAGGAGCUUGGUCUGCUGGACAUGAAGACCGAAGGCUACGAGGAGGACGCUGCCAAAGAGGCCGCCGAGAGAGAUCAGGCGAAGAAGCUCGCAGAGCUCGACAAGCUCCUCGACGCCAACAUGGGCAACACCUCAUAG